UAGUUGGAACUAUACAGAUUUAUUUACAAUAUUUAGGUUUAUUGGGAGAUUAAUGGAAGGAUGUGAUGGUUUUCCUCAGAUGUGUUCUUGUUUCCUUCCUUUUUAACAAACCAGGCCACAAUAUUAGUUAUAGUAAGAUAACCUAAUGUUUGUCAAUUUAAGAGCUUGAAUGCUCGUGUUGUGUUUACACUUUCUUAAACAUACUAGCCCAUACUGAAAACCGUUCAGCUUAUUCACAGAGCUGUGGACAGCCCCUUUGGGGAUGCCCGUUUUCAGAUGUAAACUAAAGACAAUACAAGGAAAUAGGAAGCCCCCUGUGCAUAGGCCAGGCUUCCAGAAGUUUCCCAGAACACCAAUGUCUAAAAUCGAGCCACAGAGUUUGUCUAAGAUCCCAACUCAGGCCUGAAACAACACAUUUGCCACCUGAGAACUAAAAAAAGGAAUUCUGAAGUAAUGGCUGAAGCAAUACCACUGCGAGAAAAGAAGCAGAAGACUCUACCUCGGACAGAUGGGUGUGGUUUGAAUAACUUUGACGCUGUGGAUUUGUCUGGAGGGUUGAGGAUAGUCCUGGUGGGCAAGACUGGAUCAGGGAAGAGUGCGACAGGAAACACCAUUCUUGGGAGAGCUGCCUUCAAAGAGGACCCAAGCUCUGUGUCCGUGACCAAACACUGUGAGACACAGAGCGGGGAAGUGGAUGGGACUGUGGUCCAGGUGAUUGAUACUCCAGGUCUGUUUGAUACAGCCAUCACAGAGGAAGAAUUGAAAACCAGAAUAGAGGAGUGCGUCAAGAUGUCGGUGCCCGGCCCUCACGCCUUCCUGCUGGUGAUCAGGCUCGGAGUAAGGUUCACGGAGGAGGAAAGAAACGCUGUGAAGUGGAUCCAGGAUAACUUUGGAGACGAUGCCUCCAUGUACACUAUCAUGCUAUUUACGUGCAAAGAUCAGGCUAAAGCUGACAAUGCUCUGAAGGAGUGCAAGGAGCUGCGGAGACUCUCCAUAACAUUUGGACGCAGGUACCAUGCCUUCAACAACAACGACGCCGAGGACCAAGUACAAGUCAAAGAGCUGAUCACCAUGAUCAAGGAAAUGAUACAGGAUAACGGGGGGAAACACUACACCAAUGAGUUGUACGAGAAAGCCCAGAGGAGGCUGAGAGAGGAGGAGGAGAGGAAGAAACAAGAGGAGGAAGAGAAGAAAGAAGAGGAGAGGAAAAUGUGGGAUGCCGAGAGGGAGAAGAAAGAGAAAGAGAGAGAAAAGGAGCAAAAGGUGAAAAGAAAGACUAUACGUGCUGUGUCGGCCGCUGCUGUUGUGCUGGUGAUAGCUGGGGUGGUCAUUGCAGUGGGAGCCGACACCAUGGUGGCUUUGGCUCUCGGCGCUCCGGUGCUCGUCCUGGGAGUGCUGUGUGGUCUAGCUGCCUUUGCCAUGUGGAAGGGUAUAAGAUGCAAAGCCAAAGCAAAUGUUCCAGUAUAACUAGAGUUUAGUAACAAGGACACGUUGAUCCACCUGCAGCAUGUGACACUAAUCAGUAGAAGUGUUGCACACAUUACUAUUUACUGUUAGGACUUCUUAGUGAAUGAUGUUGUCUUGGAAUUUUUUGCAUUCUGCUUCCAACAUGUUUAAGUUUUGACACAACAUUGCUAAAACAAAAGUAUGUGAAUUGAAUGCUGAUAGUAAACAAACGGUAUGAAAUGCAACACUUGUUUUCUUUUUGUUUGUUUUCUUUCUUGCUCAUUCAUUGUUUGGGGUAGAGAUGCACAUACAGGCACAAGUAAAAGUGGGCUACUUACAUUGAUUUGGGUCCUUGUCAAUGGAGCCCUUAGGCUUUGGUGUUUGUAACUCACAGGGAAGACAAAAUAUGGCAUCUCCAAACCCGGCAGAAGCCAUGGCGUAUACAAAAGUGAAGCUUCAUGCUAAUGGUAAGCUUCUACAGACUUUGCUUUUCACAAACUGGGACUCCUGCCCUGUGUACAAAUUACAUUUUUAUAGUUCAUGUUUGCUGUUUUUAAUCACAACCGCUGCAGCCUCCUCGCCUGCCAUUCUCACAAGUUUGAAAAUAUGUUGUCAGCCCGUGCCUUUCGCUCUGUAGCAAAGAUGGCGAUUGAUUAUCACUUUUGACGUUUUGCUACUAAUGCUUUGACGGUUUGAGUGCACCCUCCAGGUACUUUGUCAGAGUGAAUCCUCUAUGUACUCAAAAUAUCAAGUGUAAGUAUGGACAUGCUCAAUUUGGAUUCCUUUCCAGUGAAAUAUAUCCACAUUUUAGACUGUUUAGGCUUUUUCACUGUGUUAAAGCUAUACUGGUAUUGGUCUCGGUGCAGCCUUAGUUUGGAGUUUAUCAUAUAUAUAGAAAACUCACAUUAUAAGAUAUACUUGAAGAGAUAUUUUAUGGCUUAUGAGAAACACAACCUGAAUCCUAAAAGAUACUGUUAGAACGUAUUGACAUAUUGUGCUAUAGAACUAAUAAAGUUUGUAAACACAA